GGGGCAGUGAGAGAGUGACGGAUUGGGGGAUGGUGAGUGUUUGGUGUAACCUGGAGAGUGUGAAUCACUCCUGAUCUUUCAGCCCCAGGAUGGCGGUUGCUGCGUGAACCUUCUUGUUGGUCUCGCUCUCAGUUGGCCUGGCUCAAAUAAAUCUACAACAAUGCAGAGAGCUUCAAGGUUGAAAAAAGAGUUGCAGCUUUUGACGAAUGAACCCCCGCCUGGAAUCUCUUGUUGGCAAGAUAACCAGAUGGAUGAUUUGCGAGCACAGAUUUUAGGACUCGUUGACUCACCCUAUGAAAGUGGGAUUUUUAGUCUUGAAAUUAUUCUUCCUGAAAGGUAUCCAUUUGAACCUCCAAAAGUGCGCUUUCUUACUCCUAUCUAUCAUCCGAACAUUGAUACAGCAGGAAGGAUCUGCCUGGACAUUUUGAAAAUGCCUCCAAAGGGAGCCUGGAAGCCAUCUCUCAGUAUCUCUACUGUGUUAACCUCCAUUCAAUUGUUGAUGUCGGAACCCAAUCCAGAUGAUCCCCUCAUGGCUGACAUAUCAGCAGAAUUCAAAUACAAUAAGCAGUCUUUCAUUGAAAAUGCAAAACAAUGGACAUUAAAGCAUGCAACGCAAACUAAAAAGGAUGAGCCAUUAAGUCCCCUCAAAGAGAAUCGCAGUCAAUUGGAUUCUGCGACUGAAUUUUAAUUUGAAUAUAUGAGCUUCUCUGGUUUCAAGGAAGAGAUCUGCCAGCGAUACUGAAGAUGCCAAAAAGCCUUGUUUGUAGAUUGUAUGUAAUAUUUCUUGUAUUUAAUACCUUUUCUUCUUAAUGCACUUUCAGAAGCUUUGUAAAAUUGAAUUGCUCAAUAAAAUAUUUUUUUAAAACGGUGAAAUAAA